AUGGGUUUUCGCAUGGCAGGUAUUAUUAGAUGGACAUCAUUUUCGACAACCCAAGCAGCAUCGAAGGGUGUUGAGGUACCUAGAGGCUGUCUUGCAGUCUAUGUUGGAGACAAAAUGAAGCGGUUUGUGAUUCCUGUAUCAUACUUGAACCAACCUUCAUUUCAAGAAUUACUGAGUCGGACAGAAGAAGAAUUUGGGUAUGAUCAUCCAACAGGGGGCCUCACAAGUCCAUGUCAGGAAGAUGAGUUCCUAAACGUCUUGAAUGAUUUGAUGGAGGUGGAAGAAAAUGAUGGGGUACAGGUGGAAGAAGAAGAUGGGAUGCAUAUGAAGAUGGAGAUGGAGGUGGAAGAAGAAAAUUGGGUAGAGGUGGAAGAAAAAGGUAGGGUGGAGGAAAAAAAGUAG